AUGAAAGCAGAACUUGUAGAAUUCUACAACCAUGCCGGGGUCAUAUUCCACCUCUUUAUCUUCUCCCGUGCCCUGAUUCCCCCACGGGCGUGGCUCUUGCCCUAUGUGCCCCUGAGCAGGAAAGGGUCAGCAUGUGAGAGCGCUGCCACCGAAGCUUGGGACCGCUGCUGCCUUGCUGUCCAGCGCCGCUACGAGCACCACGCCUCAACGCCAUCCCCCGCGAGGACCAUCAACCCCUGGAGAGGAGGGCACCGCUGGCCACGAGACACGUCCGCAGCUCACCAACGCCGGAGUCAAAGUCCCUAG